CUAUAACCUCAUCAUCGACAUCAUCGUUACAUCAAAGCCUUUAUAGUGACCAGUGUUCACCUCUUCUCAUAUGUAUGCUAAAAGUACUCUCAUAGUACUCUCAUGGAAAACAUAGGCACCUCAGAACUUUCACACCAAUCUCAAAACCAAAACAAGAAUCUUCCCAUGAUGCCCUAUGAGAAGAGAGUGAUGAAGAUUCCAAAAGUAGGAAAAAAGAUUGAGAAAAAGUUUCUUGGGGUUAGACAAAGACCUUCAGGAAGAUGGAUUGCUGAGAUCAAGGAUUCCUCACAGAAACUAAGGCUUUGGUUAGGAACUUUUGACAAAGCAGAAGAAGCUGCCAUGGCUUAUGACUGUGCUGCAAGGCUUCUUAGAGGGAGAAAUGCCAAAACAAAUUUUCCAAACCCUGGAAUCAUGAACACUCAUGAACAAGAUUAUUACAGCAUUUUGGGCAAGAAUCCAAGGUCUUACCAACUUCUUAAACAUGCAGUUAUGAAGAACCAUGCACUUUCAGCAUCUCUUUAUUCCACAUUCAUGCCCUGGAAAAACCAGAUCAUGAUGAGAGAUGAACAUGACAUCCUUGUUGAAGAAACUGUAGUUUGUUCCAUUCCCGAACAAGGCUCUGCCUGCUGUGGAAUUUCGUAUGGAAGUUCUAAGGUUUAUUCUUCUGUUGUUGUAGCUCCUUCUUUCGGUGUUUCUUCUCAUGAUGUAACCCCCUAAGAUAGCAUGUCUUGUUGCAAUUAUUUCUUUUUAUGUCUUUCUUGAACCCUAUUUUACUUCACAAACAGAUAUCUGGUUAUCUUCACUACAUAUAUGAUAAUUAUGAUAUCUGUUACAUAUGCAUGCUAUCACCAGAUGAUGAUGAUGAUGAUA